AUGUCGUUCGAUGUGUCCACCUCAUCUCUAAAUAACUCCGAUCCUCAAGUCCGAUAUCUGAGCACUUCAUGCCUGGAUUUCCUUAUGAUAGAGCUCGUUCCAAUGGCCGAGCGCCUAGCCAAAGAUCUAUCACUUAGCGACAAGAUAGCUGAUGAUGAUGAGGCCAGGGAGGCCACAUUUUUCCGCCUUGAAUCUAUCGGCUACAGAGUUGGACAAGGACUGGCGGAACGGUUUUCUCGUGAUCGGCCCCGUUUCACAGACAAUCUCGAUGUCAUUAAAUUCCUAUGCAAAGAUCUUUGGAUGAUCCUUUUUACAAAACAAGUGGACAAUUUGAAAACAAAUCAUCGGGGCGUUUAUGUAUUGACAGACAAUUCUUUUCGACCUUUUGCAAGGAUGAGCAUGGCCUCUCGAAGUGAUGCUGUCUCGAUGGCUCAAGCUUAUCUCUGGUUUCCGUGCGGUGUCAUUCGGGGCGCUCUAUCAAGCAUGGGCAUAACAACCACUGUUCAAGCCGAAACUUCGGAGCUCCCUGGGGCAACGUUUCAAAUUAAAACAGUUCAACCCAGGCCUUGA